UCUUAGGGUGGAGCAAUAUUUUCCCGCUUAUGCUCAGCAUGCUGGGUUUGUAUGCGCUUGAAAGGGACUACUGAUGCCUGAUUAAUUAGGAAGAACGCCAGGAACUUGUAACUUCAAUGUUUUCGGGGAAACACGCACUAUGGCAGGAAUUAUACGCAGGUUGGACGAGACAGUGGUAAAUCGCAUCGCAGCCGGCGAGGUGAUACAGCGCCCUGCUAACGCUAUUAAAGAAAUGAUCGAGAACUGUUUGGAUGCAAGGGCUACUAACAUUCAGGUGACAGUAAAAGAAGGUGGCUUGAAACUUAUCCAAAUCCAGGAUAAUGGCACUGGCAUCCGGAAGGAAGAUCUAGAAAUUGUGUGUGAGAGGUUUACAACAAGCAAACUGAAUAAGUUUGAGGAUCUUGCUGCCAUUUCUACCUAUGGCUUCAGAGGGGAGGCACUUGCCAGCAUCAGUCAUGUGGCCCAUGUCACUAUCACCACAAAAACAUCAGAAGGGAAAUGUGCUUACAGAGCAAAUUAUUGUGAUGGGAAGCUAAAGGCGCCCCCUAAACCCUGUGCUGGAAACCAAGGCACCCAGAUAUCAGUUGAAGAUCUUUUUUAUAAUGUGUCAACAAGACGAAAAGCUUUGAAAAACCCAAGUGAAGAAUAUGCCAGAAUUGUGGAGGUGGUCAGCAGGUAUGCUGUGCAUAACUCUGGGAAAAGCUUCUCAGUGAAAAAGCAUGGAGAAACGGUUGCUGAUGUGCGGACACUGGCCAAUGCCUCAACAGUUGAUAACAUACGGGCUAUCUUUGGAAAUGCUGUGAGCAGGGAGUUGAUUGAGGUGGACAUUGAAGAGGAGCGUCUGGCAUUCAGAUUGAAAGGCUACAUCUCUAAUGCCAACUACUCAAUGAAGAAGUGCAUCUUCUUGCUCUUCAUAAACCAUCGACUGGUGGAGUCUAAUGCACUGAAAAAAGUUAUUGAGACUAUUUAUGCUGCUUACUUACCUAAAAAUACACAUCCCUUCCUCUACCUCAGCCUGGAAAUUGCUCCUAAUAAUGUGGAUGUGAAUGUCCAUCCAACAAAGCAUGAAGUCCACUUCCUCCAUGAGGACAGUAUUAUAGAGAUUGUGCAGAAGCGUAUUGAAGAAAAGCUACUUGGCUCUAAUGCUUCACGUACUUAUUUCACACAGACCCUACUUCCUGGUCCUGCAAUCUCAUCUGGUGAAACCCUCAAACCAGCAGGAACAGCUACAACUUCUGCAGAUAAAGUCUAUGCACAUCAAAUGGUGCGCACAGAUUUUCGAAUGCAGAAGCUUGAUGCUUUUCUUCAGUCAAGUAACCAAGUUCAUCAGAAGUCUCUAGAAUUUGAUGCAAAUGAGAGCAGCUGUGCAACCCCAGUGAACUCUGAUAGCCAAAGUAUGUAUGAGGAGCUAAAUGACUCUGAGGUUCUGGCUCCAGCGAAUGAGGAUCUUGAUGAUUUCCUUCAAGAUGGAGAGGCAGGAGAAUCUACAAAAUUGUUAUCUGAAACAACACCACCUAGAAAACGACCCAGAACAGAAUCUGAUGUGGAUAUGAAAACUGAUUUAACAGCUGCAUCUGUGCCAAGGCGGCGCAUCAUCAAGUUGACCAGUGUGAAAGAACUAAGGAGUGCUAUUUCUGAGCAUGCACAUACUGGUCUCCAAGAGAUGUUACAAAACCACUCUUUUGUAGGCUGUGUCAAUCCACAGUGGGCAUUAAUACAGCAUCAGACAAAGCUCUACCUCGUCAAUACCAGCAAACUUAGUCAAGAGUUGUUUUUUCAAAUUCUCAUUUAUGACUUUGGCAAUUUUGGAGUCUUAAAGCUGUCUACACCAGCCCCCUUGUAUGAACUCGCCAUGCUAGCGCUGGAGAGUGCUGAAAGUGGUUGGACUGAGGAGGAUGGUCCCAAGGAAGGCCUUGCUGAAUAUAUUGUGGCUUUUCUAAAGAAAAAGUCUGAAAUGCUGCAGGAUUAUUUUUCUAUGGAGAUUGAUGAGGAAGGAAACGUCACAGGAAUUCCACUCCUGCUGGAUAACUUCAUUCCAGCUCUGGAAGGCCUUCCACUUUUCAUUCUUCGCUUGGCGACAGAGGUGAACUGGGAUGAUGAGAAGGAAUGCUUUGAAUCAUUCAGUCGAGAAUGCAGCAUGUUUUACUCCAUCAGGAAGCAGUUCAUUCUGGAAGACACAGCCUUCACUCAGACAGAAGCCUUUGGAAUGAGUGAGAAACCUUGGAGGUGGACAGUAGAGCAUGUUGUGUUUAAGGCCUUCAGAUCAUUUUUGGCUCCUCCCAAGAAAUUUGCAGAGGAUGGGAGCAUCCUGCAGAUUGCAAACCUACCUGACCUUUACAAAGUAUUUGAGCGAUGCUGAGUUCUUAUCUAUUUAAUUAGCAGACACUGUUUGUCUUGAGAAUAUUUAUAAAAAUAAAUGGAACAUGAUUUUAUAUUUCAAA